AUGGCUCUCUGGGUAGACAAGCACAGGCCAAGCAGCCUUGACAAACUCGACUACCAUUCAGAUCUCUCGACACAUCUCAAGAAGCUGUGUGCGUCAGGAGACUUUCCUCAUAUGCUCGUAUUUGGUCCUCCAGGAGCUGGCAAGAAGACCCGCAUUGUUGCCAUCCUGCGCGAGCUGUUCGGACCAGGUUCAGAAAAGAUCAAGAUCGAUCAGCGCAUUUUUGAGACGCCUUCAAAGAGAAAGUUGGAGUUGAACGUUGUAUCGAGCAACUAUCAUCUGGAGGUCAACCCAAGUGAUGUCGGAAACUAUGAUAGGGUUGUGAUCCAGGAUCUGCUUAAGGAAGUCGCACAAACACAGCAAGUCGACGCCUCGGCUCAAAAGCGGUUCAAAGUCGUCGUCAUCCAUGAAGCCGAUCUCUUGACCAGGGACGCACAGGCCGGUCUUCGUCGAACCAUGGAGAAAUACAUGGGCAACCUACGUAUCAUCAUGUGCUGCAACACCACUUCAAAGAUCAUCUCACCCAUCCAAUCCCGCUGUCUGCUUGUCCGUGUCGGUGCACCCACAGUUCCGGAGGUCUGUAAGGUCCUGCACAAGGUCGUCAAGAAGGAGCACUGUGGACCCUUGCCGGAGAACUUGGCCUUGAAGCUGGCAGAGGACUCGGGACGGAAUCUUAGGAGGGCUCUGUUAAUGCUCGAGACCGCUAAAGUACAAUGCCACCCGUUCAAGGAUAGCCAAGAAAUCCCUCGCAUGGAUUGGGAAGAUUUUAUCCGUCAAGUUAUGGUCACCAUUCUCAGAGCACAGAGUCCCGAGCAGUUGCAGACUGUUCGUGGCAUGUUUUACGAACUCAUCAACCACUGCAUCGAUCCUACGACCAUUUUGAAGACGCUGGCGAGAGAGUUGAUCGAGAAGGUGGACGUAAACGAUCUCAAGAUGCGAUUUGCUCAAGAAGCCGCCUUUUACGAGCACAGGUUGCGUACAGGACAAAAGGCCAUAUUUCAUCUGGAGGCCUUCGUGGCCAAGAUUAUGAGCGUCUACAAGAGGCAUCAAAUGUCGAUGGAUAUGUGA